AAAAUAUAUUUUAAAAAAAAAUAUUAUGGCUGACUUGAAAGACAAGAAAGUAGAAGAUGAAUAAUAAGUGAAAAAAAUUAGAAUGAUUGUUACAUCCAGAAGUGCUUAAGAUUUAGAAAAUUUCACUACUUAGGUCAUUGAAAAGGCUAGAGGAAUAUAAGUAAUGAAUAAAUUUUCAAUAUUAAGAGAGAUUAAGGAUAGUAAGUUGUAUUCAAAGGACCAGUUAGAAUGCCAACAAAACACCUUAAAAUGACUGUCAGAAAGAGUCCAUGUGGUGAAGGUUCAAAAACUUGGGAUAGAUUUGAAAUGAGAGUAAUAAAAUUAUAUAAGGAUUAGAUUCAUAAAAGAGUAAUUGAUUUCUAAUGCACACUGCCUACAUUCAAAGAUAUAACCAACUUCAAGAUUGGCCCAGGAAUUAAUGUUGAAUUAAACGUAGAAUAAUGAUUCGUGACAUUAUAAGAAAUAAUACAUUAAACAUUAAUACAUUAAUUUAUAU